AUGAGCGAUGUCCUACUUCGCUACCUGAAGGCCAUCACCGAUGCGGCCAUGAUGGCAGAAGAGCUGAAGAAGGAGCAGGACACCAGUGCCCACCUGGAGAGGAUGAAGAAGAACAUGGACCAGACAGUGAAGGACCUGCAGCUCCGUCUGGAUGAGGCAGAGCAGCUGGCCCUGAAGGGAGGCAAGAAGCAACUCCAGAAGCUGGAGGCCAGGGUGCGGGAGCUGGAAGGGGAGGUUGAUUCUGAACAGAAGCGCAGUGCUGAAGCCGUGAAGGGUGUGCGCAAGUAUGAGAGGAGGGUGAAGGAGCUGACCUACCAGACUGAGGAAGACCGGAAGAAUAUUCUCAGGCUCCAGGAUCUGGUGGAUAAACUGCAGAUGAAGGUGAAAUCCUACAAGAGACAAGCUGAGGAGGCUGAGGAGCUGUCCAAUGUCAACCUGUCCAAAUUCCGCAAGAUCCAGCACGAGCUGGAGGAAGCAGAGGAGCGGGCUGACAUUGCAGAGUCACAGGUCAACAAGCUCCGAGUGAAGAGCCGGGAGAUUCAUGGCAAGAAGAUAGAAGAGGAAGAGUGAGAAUGUCAUGACAGUAAAGUGGCAUAAGGAAUUCACAAAAUGUGAAAACUCUGUCACUUUCUUCCAUAAUUUGUAUUUUUAACCCCCUCCAUACAUGGCAAAUAAAAGGAUUACUUCACAGACA